UUAUCCUCUCUAACAUGUUCCAUCCUUGUAUUCCCAGUCUGGCAGUCUCCCACCUAGUCAAAUUUCUAAUUUUCUGUAGCCUUUGAACAAGCUACAAACAAUAACUCAAUUUUCCAAGUUAAAGCUAAUUAUCAAAAAUAAAACCACUCAUAUAAUAAUAUCAAUCUUGAAAAAUGGAGCUCUGUAUCCACUUAUCUUCUUCAUUUUUCACUUCGUCCACCAACUGUUUGAUGAAAUGCCUCAAUGAACGUCCACGCUCAUUUUCAAACCCAACAUCAUUUGUGUUCAUUACAGCAGCCAAGAAGAAGAAUUCUCAGGACCCUUCUCCAGAAAAAUCGAUCGAUAAACACUUGUCGUACAUUUUAAGAUCAGAAGCUGCCAUUGAAGCUAUUGAAAGAAAAGCUAACUCCACUACUGUUAAACAUAACCGCUUUUCGCCUAAACUGCUUUUGGAAGCUUUGGAUAAUGCCACUCGACAUAAACGAUGGGAGUCUGCUCUUAAGAUAUUUGAUCUUCUUCGUAAUCAACAUUGGUAUGAGCCAAGAUGCCAGACGUAUACAAAGUUACUGGUCAUGCUAGGCAAAUGCAGGCAGCCCACGAAAGCUAGCUUGCUUUUUGAGGUGAUGCUGCAAGACGGGCUUAAACCAACUAUUGAUGUUUAUACUGCACUUGUUAGUGCUUAUGGUUAUUCUGGACUCUUGAACAAUGCAUUAGAAAUCAUUGAUGAUAUGAAGUCGAUACCUGACUGCAAACCUGAUGUAUAUACCUACUCAAUCUUAAUAAAUUGUUGCACUAAGCUUCGUAGGUUUGAUAUGAUCAAGCAAAUUCUUGCUGACAUGUCAUAUGCAGGAAUUGAAUGCAGUAUUGUUACAUAUAAUACCGUAAUUGACGGGUAUGGGAAGGCGGGAUUGUUGAAUCUGAUGGAAAGUGUAUUGACAGAUAUGCUUGAACAUGGGACUUGCCUUCCGGAUGUUUUCACGUUUAAUUCAGUUAUUGGGGCUUACGGAAACUCGAAGAUGAUUGUAGAAAUGGAGAAAUGGUUUGAUGAAUUUCAACUGAUGGGGAUAAAACCAAACGUGAUGACAUAUAAUAUCUUAAUUAAGUCAUACGGGAAAGCAGUUAUUGAUACAUUCAAACAGACUGGAAAUAUUGAGAAAAUGGAGGAGUUUUUCUUGAAAAUGAAGCAUCAGGGAAUUAAGCCUAAUGCGGUUACUUAUUGUUCUCUUGUGAGUGGCUAUGGUAAAGCUGGACUUUUGCACAAGAUAGAUUCAGUUAUGAGGCAAAUAGAAAAUUCUGAUGUGACACUUGAUACAACUUUUUUUAAUAGUGUCAUUAGUAUUUAUGGUCAGGCUGGUAAUAUGAAAAGAAUGGGUGAAAUGUUUUCUGCUAUGAAGGAGAGAGGGAUUGAACCAGACAGCAUUACUUUUGCUACCGUGAUUCAUGCCUACAAAGCUAUGGGAAUGGUGGAAGCUGCUCAAAGUUUGGAGAAUAGUAUUGUUAUGACCGAACAUACAUUAUCCAGGGACAAGGUUGAGUGAGGGCGAGUAUGGUUGAUGGUAAUGUGGAUGAGAUGCUAUUGAAAAGGAAAAGCAAGCCAUAAUAACUUUACUAUUACAGGUCUUUUUGACUUUUAUUGGAGCAUUGGGUUCUAGGCUUCCAGCACAACUAGGGUCAGGGUCAGAUUAACAUGCAGCCUAAAACUUCAUGCCCUUGUAGAUUGGUCAAUGCUCAUCUGGUAACAUGACUGACGGCAGUAUAAGAUAUCUUUCCAAACUUUUGCCGUUCCCUUUCGAGCCUUUAACAACCAGGCCUUUUCUGAAGAUGUUGAUGGUGAGAGCAUAUCAAUAUGAGUUAGAAAGAGGGAAAAUUCGGGAAUCGGGAGGAUAUAGAAGGCUAUUUCUAGCGGUACUGAUCCUUUCCAAGGAAACAUUUCAUACUAUGGUGGUUUCAAUCCAAGAAUGCUGAGUUGUUGUCUCUUAUUUACUGCAAAGUUAAGUAUUUUGAUUUUUUUGGUAUUUCGUCAAGCAUUCAAACCUGUCAAAGGAAAAAUAUUCAUUUACAAAUGCAAAAUAUGAAAUUAUCAGUUCCAGAUCAUUCCAGAAAUGGACCUGGCUAUUCGAGAAUUCUAUCUUCAGUUAGUGUUUUGAAGGGAGCUUGAGAGAAAAGUCGAAUGCAGAAUAUUCAGGGUCAGUAAUCACUUGAGGCAUUUGAUACUUAAACCACAGGUUCCAAAAAUGCAAAAAGAAAAAAAGAAAGAAAGAAAGGAUAGAAGUCAUGGAUGCUUGCAUUUGUGGAAUGUGGAGUAACCAAAUUUGGAUAUUCAAAAGGAGAUGUAACAUUAUCUUAUCAGUGCAUUUCCUUUGAUUUGAAGAUUGAUUAUGCAAUUCUUCACAUACCUUUUUGUUUACAAAACUCAAUAUCUGAGCUAUCUUUAAGAGGAACAGUCUGAUGGUGAUUUAAUGGGCGUUGAUGCUAUUGGUAACUCAGAUCUUGAUAGAUAGUUGGAUUCCUUGAAACAAGACUUACAUUGGCUUAACAGGAGCCUGCUGAAUAGAGUGAUUCAAGCAUUGGAGAUACAAUCUGCUAUUACUUAUCAAUAUACAACAACCAGUGUCAAUUAACGUAGUUGCCUGAACAACUGUUAGAGGAUAAUACAUUCGAGGAAUCGAAGUUUAAAAGAGGUACAGGGUUAAGAUUUUAUUAAAACCUACAACAGGCUAGACGUAAAAAAAAUGGUAAUUGGAUGGGAACCUUCUGAUUCCAUGUACCAUUUGGUAUCCACUAAUCCCCAGCCAGACUAGUGUCCAGGAGAAUCUCAACCACAUAAUAAUCCCCUGAUUAUCUCAAGUUUGCCUUUGGCAAGACUCAGCCAGGAUGCCUCCUGGGAAGUGGCAUAAAUUUCUUUGUUGAUUGUAACGGGUCAAAAGGAUAAACUUUGUAUGAAAUGUGUCAGCAGUUUAUCAGUUCGGAGGUUCGGCAUGUACAAGGUUUGGUAUGCUGCACAUAUUAUUGUUCUUAUAAUAGUUAUGAUAUUAUUUUCUUUUGUGGUCAUGAAACAGAAACCAUUUCAUGUAUUUAUAUAUGAUGAAAGGCAACAAUACAUUCUCAUUU